AUGCAGAAUGUCGUUAAAGCACCCACUUGCCCGGAAUGGAUUUCAUCGCUUCACAAAGCUUUUCUUCAAAAUGGCUUCAAUCAUACGGCAUCAGCUUUGAUAGACGAUGGCGGCAUGGAUCCUAGCAAAGUGGAGGCUGCUUUUGAAGAAAUAUGCCGUGUUGUGGACAUACACCGCAAGAAGAAAGGGCUAGGUAAGAAGAAGUCCGCCUGGGAUCUAUACACGAAACUAGAGGGGAAUGGCGCACCUGCGAGCCCUAGUGAGUCCUCCGAAGCGGAAUCUAGUGAGGAAGAGGAUGAAUCGAGCUCGGAGUCUGACUCAGAUUCCACCUCUAACAAAAAGGCUGCCGUCAAGCUUAACAAUGUACUCCAAGUUGCGAAGGCAAAGCCAAAAGCCGAGUCGGAGUCGGAAUCGGAGUCGGGGUCGGGGUCGGGGUCGGAAUCCAAAUCUGAUUCUGAGUCUGAGUCUGAAUCGAAUUCUGAAUCAUCUUCAAGUGAGGACGAUGUUCAGAAGGACGCCCACAGGCAUCGAGAACAGCUGAGAGGCAAGCAAGCAAAAAAAUCAGAGAAAAAUGUCCCGACGCCGGCUUCCAGUUCAUCUGAAAGUUCGUCAUCCUCAUCGGAAGAAUCCUCAGGGUCGGAAGAGGAUGAUUCGAGCCAAUCGUCGUCUGACGAAAGCGUAGAGUUGAAGCGACCCGGGCUUGGGAGUGGAAUAGGAAACAUCCCUAAAGUGACGACCAAAGCGCGUGACAAGACAGCCGGGUCCGGUAAAGCGCAAACGGCGAGCUCUGCUAGUGCAGAUAGCAGUGAGUCAGAAGACUCAGAAAACUCUGAGUCAACCGGGUCCGACAGUGAUUCCUCAAGUGAUUCUGACUCCGUUAAGUCGAGCGAUUCGGACAGCAGCAGUUCAGAUUCGGACAGCAGCGAGGAUGACAGCAGCUCACCGGAAUCAGGGACGGAGGAGGAAAAGAGAGCUGCACGAAGGCGAUCAGGGGUCGUGCAGAAUUUGGCAGCCAAACUGCAGAAUGUUACGCCUUCUCCAAAGAAUGCUCUCAAUAAGUCGAAGCGAGAGAAACGAAAGUCUCAAGAUCGCUCAGAUGUUUCAUCGGACGAUGUAGUGAAGGAGGACAAGAUCGGUGGUAAAGAAAAUACAUCUACUGAAGUCCAGUUUCCACGAAGCGAACAAAAGAGGAAAGCUUCCAGUGCGUCUCUAGAUGGAGAUGCCUUCAUCAACAACAAGAGGCGUCGACGCAACGAGAAUUUCAACGGAAGGUUCACUCCUUCGCCGUUUAAGCGGGUGAGAGAAGAGACUGUCGUGUAUAGUGACAGCCGUUUACGGGACAACACAUUUUAUUCAAAGAAUGAUAGUUUCGGGGUGCGCGCUCAUAACGAUUUGAUCGUGACUAGGGGUAAGGGCUUCAGGAAGGAGAAGACGAAGAAAAAGCGUCUUAACCAUCACGGUGGCACGUUAAGCUACCAACACAGUUUUCUGUUGCAAAAUUGCAGCAUUGUUCGCAAAGUUAUCCGCACUCUACAAUUGAGCUCUAGGCCUCAAAGAACAUCGGCACAACUACAUAACUCUGCAAGACACGUGAUUGAACAAUAA